UUACAGUGGCAGAGUUUGUUCUCCACUAGCUUUUUGCUGUGGAAUACACUGCUGGUUCCAGGGAAGGGGAGCAAUACUGUCCUGCCACUCAAGCUCUUCUGUUUGCCCAUGCCCUGGGGGAAAAGACUUUGAGAAGAUGGAGAACCAGAGGGGAGUGCUCUUGGGAUAUGUCAGCUGGGAAGGAGAAGAGGAAGGGGAUGCGGAGGAUCAGGUGGCUCCUCGUGUUUCUCCUUCCAGCCAAACAAGUAGACUGCAAGAUGUGGAGGUGGAGAUGCUUGAGAAGGCAAGGGAGCUCUUCCAGCUGUGUGACAAGGAUGAGAAGGGUUUUAUCACUAAGGUGGACAUGCAGCGGCUCCAGAAUGAACUGCCCCUAACCCUUCAGCAGCUGGAGACUGUUUUUGACAGCUUGGAACAGAACAAUAAGGGAUACCUGACACCUGUGGAGUUCAGCAUGGGAUUAGGGAAGUUAAUAGGGAUUGAAUUGUGUCAAGGGGCUGGGAGAAUGGAUCACUCCAGGCACGAGGAGACCUUUGAGUCAGGCUGGUCAGAUGACUUGGACCCAGCAGAUGACGAUGAAGAGAAACGAUUCUGUUCCAUGAUGGAGCAGCUCGGAGCAGCCCAGUUGUUUGAAGAUCCACAUGAGAUUCGGGAGCUCUGGGCUCGGCUACGAAAGGAGCGUCCGGAGCUCUUAUCCAAUUUUGAAGAAUUUCUAUUGCGAGUUUCAUCGUACAUAAGGGAGGUGAAUCAUGAGAAGGAGUCCAUGGAACAGGCACUGAAGCGGAAGGAGUCAGACCAUGACCGAGAAGUCAGGUGCCUUUAUGAAGAAAUGGAACAACAGAUCAAAGCAGAAAGGGAGAGGCUGGUCUGCCAGGAAGCACUGAGACAUGACAGGAGUAACCUGCUCCAAAGGGAACUGCACAACAAAGAACAGGAGCUGGAGAAAAUCCUCUACCGCCAGAAGAAGCUGGAACAUCAGCUGCAGUCACUGAACUCAGAGCAGCUGGAGACCCGGGUGCAGAAUGAAAAGCUCCGGCACCUGAAUGAAAACCUGCUGGAAGAGCUGGAGAAAAGCAAAUGGGAGCUGGAGGCGGUGAAGGGGCAAUUACAGAAGCUUCAGAAAGAGGCUCAGCUUGAGCAAGAGCAGAAGGACAGGGAUGUGUUUAGAGUCUCCAAGAACAUGCAGAAAGAGAAACAAAGCCUCCUUCGCCAGCUGGAGCUCCUCAGCAGAGAGAUGAACAAGAAACUUCGAGAUGAGCGAGACGCUUUUGAAGCCAAGAAGCUGGUGCCUCAGAACAAAAACCCUCUGUUGAAGAAAGGCUCAGUGCUAGGCAGUUACCUGCCGGACGACAAGCCAGUCAAACGACAACUGGCCUCUGCGGACCUUCCCUUCACCUUCCCAGCGGAUGUGGCAGUGGAAGAACCCAACAGAAAGAACUGUAAAUACUUCCCAGGCAACAGGACAUGGAUGAAGACAGGAGAAGGAGAAAGCACAAACUUUGGAGACAACCCUAGAGACAAGGAGAGAUGGCCCUUGGCAGCAGAUACUGAGUGGUUUAAGAUGACUUUGAAGGGUGACACUGACUGCAGAAAAAAAGCAGAUGGCUUAGAUGCUGGUCCGCUGCCUCCUAGAGCACAGCCUGUUGGCACUGAAACCAGGCUCCAGGCACUGGAACCAGCCAGCUGUUCCCCAGAUCGCAUCUUUAAAGUGGUGUUUGUAGGGAACUCUGGUGUUGGGAAGAGUUCCUUUAUCCACCGCUUCUGCUAUGACAGGUUCUUGGCUGAGCUCAAUGCAACCAUCGGUAUUGAUUACCAGGUGAAGAGUCUAAUGGUGGAUAACACCCAGGUUGCCUUGCAGCUGUGGGAUACAGCUGGACAAGAAAGGUUUCGGAGCAUUACCAAGCAGUAUUUCCGGAAGGCAGAUGGGAUUCUGGUGAUGUACGACAUGACGGCCGAGUGCUCCUUCAUGGCCGUGCGGAACUGGAUGAGCAGCAUCCAGGAAGGUAUCGAGGAUGGAGCUGUGGUCUUUCUGCUUGGAAAUAAAAUGGAUGCUGUGCAGAGAGAGACACGGAAUGUGCCCAAGGUGGAGGGGGAAAGGCUGGCAAAGGAAUACAAGGCUGUCUUCUAUGAGUGCAGUGCGAUGACUGGCUAUAACAUCAUGGAGCCCAUGCUGCACAUGGCCAGGUUGCUGACAGCACAAGAAGACAGGCAGAGGGAGAAUGCCCUGCAGCUGGAAGAUAUCGGCAGGAGGAAAGGGUGCUGCACAUAAGGCACAUCAGUGUGUCAGCAAGAGGCAUGUGCCAGCACUGUAUCAUGAAGCUGGGGGUUCCUUUCAAGCAAGCUGAAUCUGAUGGUAUCAGCUCUUCAGAGAUUUGGGGAA